AUUUGAAAAGGUAGAAUUGUUUCUAAUGUUAACAAGUACUUUUGACCUCAAGUUUUGAUUCAUAAAGAUGCUCCAUUUAAACUUUGGGACUUAAUUAUGACUCAAAAAAUAUUAGCACAGUUUUUUUUGUUACUUAUCUCGUUCUUCACAAUUGCUUUUUUUAGCUCCAUAAAAAUGCCUCCCACCAAUCCUAAAAUUGCUGUUGAUAGUUGUGUAUUUGCUACAAUGCACUAUUUACGUAAAACAGCCUUUGCCUCUGCUAUCCUCCCAGUCAACACCAACGCCCCAGGAACACGUUUUGAGGGCAAUAUCACGAGAAUGUACGAGGAUGGUCGCAUUGAUUACUGCAAUAUGACCUUUGACGUUCUUCCCGAUGUUUUUCUAUUGAUCCUCUUCGGGUGACGUGUCUCCGUUAUAGGGAUAAUGCUCCUCGUAGAAGACGCCAGGUCUAACAGCAACAGCAACAACCUAUCGCUAAAGACGAAUACACUGACCUUUUGGACGACGCCAUUUAAGCAGCUGCACCAAAUAAAAGCGACAAUAAAAGCAAUGAUAAAACAGUGGAUCUUAACUGAAAAUAAUGCAGCAUAAGUAUUGACCGACGCUUUAAUCGACCUGAUACAAGAUAUCAGUACAUAAACGCUUCUCUUCUUGGUCUUUCUGGGGACAGGAGCAACUCUUGUUUAAUGCUUUCUUCACUUCUUGCCUUGCGAUCACAUCCAAAGCGUAGUAAUUCCGGCUAUUAAUUACUGUGCAAGACAAUUAAAUUCC